AUGAUGCGCCGAAAAGAGAUUUAUACCAAUAUUACACCCAUCCCCGCAUCUGUCCCCCGCCAACUUGCCCUGGACAUCCUGCACAGCCACAGCGAAAUAAUCACACUAAACCCACUCGUCCUCUCACAUCACCCAGUGAGUGCCCCACGGGAUGCCGUCGCCGACGAGUACUACUCGACGUGGUACAAGAUCACCGAACGAGUACAAUACGUCCCUGGGCUUGGCAAGAUAGGGUCUGGCAAGAUCAGCUUCAAAGGCUGUUUCCACAACGUCGCAUGGGGUCUAGAAACACAUAUGUACGCGCCGAUGGGAAUCGACCUCAAAAGCAAAUGGCGCAUUGCAGGCAACCAGGACGACGAAGCACCGGAGUCACGAGACGGGCGCGCAAACGACGCCCCGCAAACGGGACUCUAUCUGCGCGAAGACAUCGAGAUCGAAUGCAACCGCACGCUAAUUUCUUUCGUCAAGGGUCAGUUGAAGGCUGCUUCGAAGGUGCUGGUAGCUCGUCUGAUUAAGAAAGCUGAGCUUCUUGAUGCGGGUGUCUUGCAGGCUAUGAUGGAGGAUGGGAAAUUGACGACGUAUAACCCGGCCGAUCGAUCGAGCAGGAUUAUCAUGGAGCCGUUGUAUUCGUCGCGGAGACAGUCAGAUCAAAUGUCAAGGUCGGAUCAAAUGUCGAGAUCUUCGUCAUCUCGUGCGCCCAGAUCGCCGACGGAUUCGGUGCACUUCGGAUCGAUCGCUUCUGGGUAUUCCUCUCCGGUGCAAUAUGGACAGGAGCACAGUAAGAACUUUGCUGUGGAAUUGCCGGCGGAUUUCUAUCAUCCGCAAUCUGGAUCUGAGAAAUAUCAAGAGUUGCCGGAUACCAGUCGAUACUCGAAGUCACCGCGGCUGAAUAAGGGGCAUGCUGAGCUGUCUGCUAUGGAAGAGACUUUGGAGGAGCGUAGUGAAGGGGUGGUACCUUAUAACGCGUACAGGCCAAAGGGUUAG